AUUCAGAUGUGCACAAUCUUCGUAGUGCCUCAUAUAAAGGUUUGUCCCAGAAGUAUAAAAAUACAUAGUACAGUUUGGACAACUUAGCUUAUGUAAGUGAUGGUUAAGAUUUGUUCUCACAAUACAUAAAUCAACGGCUGUGGUUGAUCCCAUGAAAUACAAUCUCAUUAUCUCUACCUUAAAUGAAGAUGAUGGUUUUGAAUUUUCAGUAUUCCGAACCCAAAUACAAUGUUAGAUUAAGCAAACCAGAAAGAAGAUGUAUUCUUCUAUCUUCUCCAAGCCGGCGCAGCAUCCAUGAGUUGCUAAAUUGGACUAAGGAUGAGAAACCUGAGGGGGCAUGUGAAUGUGUCAAAAUAAAGCGAACUCCAAGACUUCACCUCCAAAACUUACUCCAGGAGCAUAAAACUAAUUUUGCAAUGCGCUUGCUCCAAUUCAGUAUACAUUGUGAUUCAUACAAAGACUUCCACAUUGGGUUGCUUCUUAUCAUCAAUAAUCAACAUUUUGCAUGGUUGCAAGAGCGUCAAGGAGAGAGUAUAGAAACGGCAUCAAGAAAGACGAUAUGGAGGAACGAAAGCAGUUUCAAGAAAAAAAUUACCUGUUUGCUUAUCCCAACAAGAGAGUAAUUGGAAGCAGCUUACUACUGGGUAUGUCGAUUCAUCAAUCUUACAUAUAGUGCAAAAUAUACAUCGCAUGAAAAAAAUGAAACAUAUUUUUGAGAUCAUCUAUGGGAUUCUAAUGCGCCAGAUUGUAUUAUAGAUGCGUAUUUCAGCCAAAAGAGGGUGAGAAAAACCUGAUACUUAUAAUGAGUGGAACUCAGAAAUGGAGAAUCAAUAUUGGUGUCAACCAUUUUACAACGAAUAUAUGUGAAAUAAUUGAUUGAAGACAUUCAAUUAUACCCACAUAUUACUAAUAUGUUUUGCAAUGUAUAGCUGGAAGAUGAAGUUAAGAAAAUCCAAACCCUCUACAGGUAUAAGAGCAAUAUGGGGAACUGUUGGACAGGGUCAAGACCCUAUGCUUGAGGUUGUAACUGUAAAAAUACCACGAAGAUGAAACUUAGACCGUAGCAAUUGUAACAACAUCAUGAUAAUCUACAGAUGGAAACUGGGAUACUCAUUAAGAGAGUUGACGAAUCAAUGAAAGAAUUGGAUUGAGGAUACGCCUUAUACGAAGGAUCGAAAACUUAUUUAAGUUAUGAAGUUUAGGUUUAUCUUUCUAAAUUUUACACUCUUUAAAACUUUUUGCUACCAUGUAAAGAUGUCUUUGCAUUGAUCUCUUUUGCCAUCUUUCGGAGUUACGAUAUAUGUACAUAUAGUAGUAUUAACUCACAAUUGGAAUAUAAAACCUAUAAAUUUGUGAAGAUUUGUUGUAUCAAAUUUUUUUGAGUUUUAUA